UUUUUUAAGCUCCGGGAUUCACAAGUCUUCUCUGUUUUGUUUUACAUUCUCCCAUCAUCUUUUCUCUGCUGAAGAUAGUUUAGAGAACCCAAAAAGAUGAGAUCUUUGCUGGUUUUUAGAAAAGUCCCUUCACGGCUUCGUCUUCGUUGCUUGAGAAAUAAUAAACCCUUUUGUUCACUGUCUCAGUUUCCCAAAGAAUCUGAGAAUCCAAGUCAAGAGCAGAGACUAGUUUACGGAUCCAUUUCUGAAGAAAGUCCAGUUAACUCCGAAGUGAGUCUUUUGGCUGCUAAGCCUGAAGGCCCUGAACAGAAGGACGAUGAAUCUGUGAUCGACGUUCUUCUCAAUCGCAGGAACAACCCAGAAUCUGCUCUUCGGUUCUACAAUUGGGCUAGACCAUGGCGUGGAAGUUUUGAAGAUGGAGACGUCUUCUGGGUACUCGUUCAUGUUCUGGUUGGUUCUCCUGAGACCUACGGACGCGCAAGGGAUUUACUCAUGCGGUACGUUUCUACGAGCAAUCCAACUCCAAUGCCAAGUGUUUUGGUCAGUAAUUUGGUGGAUUCUGCGAAAUUAUUUGGGUUUGAAGUCAAUUCACGAGCUUUUAAUUACUUGUUGAAUGCUUAUUCCCAGAAGAGGCAAACGGAUUAUGCGGUGGAUAUCAUCAAUCAGAUGUUAGAACUAGGUGUGAUUCCAUUUGUUCCAUAUGUGAAUAGGACCUUGAGUGCUUUAGUUCAAAGGAAUUCGAUGACUGAAGCUAAGGAACUCUACAGUAGAAUGAUUUCCCUUGGUGUUGAUGGUGAUAAUGGCACAACGCAAUUGUUAAUGCGAGCUAGUUUGAGAGAAGAGAAUCCUGAGGAGGCUUUGGAGGCUUUUACUAGAGCUAUCGAGAGAGGGGCAGAACCGAAUGGUGUACUGUAUAGUAUUGCUGUUCAGGCUUGUUGCAAGACGCUCAAUUUGGCUAUGGCUGAGAGUUUAUUGAGAGAGAUGAAGGAGAAAACGUUGUGUGUCCCGUCGCAGCAAACGUAUACUUCUGUGAUUUUGGCUUCCGUGAAGCAAGGUAACAUGGAGGAGGCAGUUAGAUUUAAGGAUGAGAUGGUGAGUGGUGGGAUACCGAUGAACGUAGUUGCUGCUACGAGUCUGAUCACGGGAUACUGCAAGAACAACGACUUCGGUAGUGCUUUGGAAUUGUUUCAUAAGAUGGAAAAAGAAGGCCCCUCUCCAAACAGCGUUACAUUUUCGGUUCUGAUAGAAUGGCUUAGUAAGAACGGGGAAAUAGCAAAGGCGUUUGAGUUUUACAAGAAAAUGGAAGGUUUAGGUCUUACUCCUUCUGUCUUUCAUGUCCACACGAUAAUCCAAGGGUGUUUGAGAGGUCAGAAAGAGGAAGAGGCACUGAAACUCUUUGACGAGUCUUUUGAAACUGGUCUUGCAAAUGUGUUCAUAUGUAACAGUAUAUUAUCUUGGUUUUGCAAGCAAGGUAAGAUAGACAAAGCCACAGAGUUAUUGGUGAAGAUGGAAAGUAGAGGUCUUGGACCGAAUGUUGUUUCUUACAAUAACGUGAUGCUUGCCUAUUGCAGAAAGAAAAACAUGGAAUUGGCUCGUACUGUCUUUGCUAAUAUGCUGGAAAAGGGUCUAAAGCCGAAUAACUACACGUAUUCUAUUCUGAUUGAUGGAUGUUUCAAGAAUCAUGAUGAACAAAACGCUUUGGAAGUCGUGAAUCAAAUGAUUUCUUCUGGUAUUGAAGUCAACGGGGUCGUAUCCCAAACAAUUAUCAAUGGUUUAUGCAAAGUAGGUCAGACAUCCAAAGCAAGAGAAUUGAUGGCAAAUAUGAUUGAAGAAAAACGGUUUUGUGUUAGUUGCAUGAGUUACAAUAGCAUUAUAGAUGGAUUAAUCAAAGAGGGUGAAAUGGAUUCUGCAGUUGCAGCUUACAGAGAGAUGUGUGGCAAUGGUAUAUCUCCAAACGUCAUAACUUAUACCAGCUUGAUGGAUGGGUUAUGCAAAAAUAAUAGAAUGGAUCAAGCAUUGGAAAUGAGAGACGAAAUGAAGAACAAAGGUCUUAAACUCGAUAUUCCAGCUUAUGGUGCUCUUAUCGAUGGGUUCUGCAAAAAGAGUAACAUGGAAAGUGCAUCUGCGCUGUUCUCUGAACUCCUGGAAGAAGGACUGAAUCCAAGCCAACCUGUUUACAACAGCUUGAUUUCUGGAUUUCGUAAUCUGGGAAACAUGGUAGCGGCGCUUGAUUUGUACAAGAAAAUGUUGAAAGAUGGUCUAAGAUGUGAUCUGGGUACAUAUACAACACUGAUUGAUGGACUGUUGAAAGAAGGAAAUUUGAUCCUUGCCUCUGAUUUGUACACAGAAAUGCUGGCGGUGGGUCUUGUUCCUGAUGAAAUCAUGUACACAGUAAUUGUGAACGGUCUCAGCAAGAAGGGUCAGUUUGUGAAAGUGGUUAAGAUGUUUGAGGAGAUGAAGAAGAAUAAUGUGACUCCAAAUGUUCUUAUCUACAACGCGGUGAUUGCAGGACAUUAUAGAGAAGGAAAUCUCGAUGAGGCUUUUAGACUUCACGAUGAGAUGCUUGACAAGGGUAUUCUACCUGAUGGUGCUACAUUUGAUAUUCUAGUUAGUGGGAAAGUCGGAAAAUUUCAACCUAAGCGUGCAGCAAGUUUGUGGUCUGGCGAAACUGGGGCACAUUAUUGACUGAUGAGUUAGCCUUGGCUUUCCGCGAGACCCAAUAAUUUGAUUGCUUAAGUUUCUCAAUGUCUUCUGAAGCAGCUAAUGUUGGCGAGUGAUGGAAACAAUGCACUGAAUCCUUAUCAAACUCGUCAUAUGAUUCUCCUAACAUAUUGUCUGCUCGAUUUGAACUGGAACAGGAAAACGCGAAGCCUUUCUACCAGAUUCAAAACCCAGGAAGGACCUGCAACUGACACACAGGUAUAUAGGAAGAGAUGAGUGAUAUAAUAUAGAGACGAUGCUAACUCGCUUAGCCUGCGAGGUUCUAGUUAUUAAAACCGUACAAUAUGUCUUUUUAUAUGUCUCUCUUUUGCCAGCUUCUGAGAUCAGCUUUUGCUCAUAAAAGAUGGUUUUGGGUUUAAGCAGUUUAUAGCGCUUGGUUUUAGUUGCCUAUACGAUUGACCUUGUGGUGGUUCUGGAACUUUAACACCCUGCUUUCCAUGUACGCCAAAUAAGGUUCAAACAUGAAGUUUCUUUGCAAAGUAUUAAACGGUA